AUGGAUGCUCUUUCGAACGGGAACUCAUUAAAUGAAGUGGCUCAUGUUGCAAAUGGGAAUACAUAUUACUGCAUAGGUUACGUUACUAUUGAAAUAAAAUCAUUGAACCAACUUUGGGUUGACACAACUGGCUACAGGUACAGGGCAGUUACUAGUGCAUACUAUCGAGGCGCCCUUAGGGCAAUGUUAGUUUAUGACAUGACAAAGCGUCAAUCGUUCGAUCACAUGGCGAGGUGGUUAGAAGAGCUAAGAGGUCACGCUGACAAGAACAUUGUGAUCAUGCUAAUUGGCAACAAGUGUGAUCUGGGAAGUCUCAGAGCAGUGCCAACAGAAGAUGCAGAGGAAUUUGCUCAAAGAGAGAACUUGUUCUUUAUGGAGACAUCAGCACUUGAGUCUACUAAUGUUGAAACGUGCUUUUUGACUAUUCUUACUGAGAUAUACAGAAUUAAUGCCAAGAAAACACUAACUGUAGGUGAUGACCCUGAUGGGGGUUCAGGGCUUCUCAAGGGAAGUAGGAUAAUUGUUCCAAACCAAGAGAUGGAUGGUGGUGGAAAGAAGGGUGGGUGUUGUUUUUCCUCCUAGCUUUUUUAACCGUAACCAAAUUCUCAUUCCACUAGGUGAGGUCAGCUAUAUGGAUGACAGAAAAGAUAUCGACAAGUUUUAAGU